AUGCCGAGCACCGAGGUUCGCAGGCUGCGCUGCAUCGCGCCACCCAGGGAGCCAAGCCCGACGGAGAAAAUGCGCAUUUCCGCUCCCUACAACGACAAGACCAACAUGCAUUCUAGAGUCGCGGUAUCGCCCACCUGCAACCACGGUACUUGA